AUGGUGGUUAGUUGUUGCGCUGUUGGAUGCACCAAGCGCGCGGCGAAAGGCAGCGGCGUCGGUUUUUUUCGUUUUCCGAAAGAAAACACUCGUCGCAAGGCAUGGGUGCAAGCUGUGCGCCGAGAAAAAUGGCAGCCCUCGGACAGCAGCAGGAUUUGCGGCCUACAUUUCAUCACUGGCGCUCCGUCUCCAUUCCCGAACCACCCGGACUGGGCACCUAACGUUUUUGCCUUCAAGAAGGCUAACCGCGAAGCUGAAGAAAAGAAAUGCGACAGAUACGAACGGACGUUGAAGCGGAAACGUUGUUCGGCUUCUAACCACGGAUCAGCGGCCCACACACGAUGCGUUGUAGCAGCCUAUGCUGCUUAUGCCAGCCGAGACAAGGCGAACGCUGAAGCAGAAUCCGAUGGAGAUGCUGUCGCAUCAACAUUGUUUUUGGGAGACAUCGAACCGGAUCCAACUGAAUCCGAUGGAGAUGCUGUCGCAUCAACAUUGUUUUUGGGAGACAUCGAACCGGAUCCAACUGAAUCCGAUGGAGAUGCUGUCGCAUCAACAUUGUUUUUGGGAGACAUCGAACCGGAUCCAACUGAUGGAGAUAACAAGAUGGAACCAGACAGCACUGACGAUGAGGCAUCAAACGACUUGCCAGAGAGCAUGCAAUUGUUACAAGCACAGUUGCCUGCACCAUCACACCACAUGGGUGGAUUUUCAAGAAACCUGCAGACUCGCAUGCAAGAGAAGUACCUGGAGAAAUGUCGAGCAUAUAAUGCAUUGCAGGAGCGCUAUUUAAUCAUGGAAAAUGAACUUCGAGACCUUCGAGCAAAAAGAAGUUCAGAAGCGAACGGUGCUGCUGCUGCAUGGGAUGUGGUGCUGGUGCCAGCUGUCAUAUGCUGCAUCUCCAGGUUUGGGCCCUGUUUGGCAUCCAAGGCAGUGGUUUGA